GCAGAAUAGAGCCGUUUCAAUCCACUCGACCACCAUGAUACCUCGUGUCUAUCGAUCUAUAUAUGCUUACUCUCGCCUGCGCACAAAUCCUGUUUCUCGACAACGGUAUUUCAGCAUGGCAAGCCCCAACUUGAACUCUGCCGUCCAACCCAGAUACGCAUCUACCCUUCCAGAUGAAACCAAGCAAUUGGCAGCCGAGACCAACUCCCUACUUGACAGUAACUGGUCUCUCGAUGAAGAGCAGAUGGGCUUACAAAAGACCUACUAUUUUAAAACGUACACAAAAUGCCAGGACUUCUUCAACAUGAUCGCGAUAAAGAGUAAAUCUGCAAACCACCAUUCGACAAUGACAGUUAAAUUCCGUUCUGUUCAUAUACAUUGGACGACUCAUAGUCCACCUGGCCUUUCUGUAAUAGACACUUUGAUGGCAAGAUACUGCGACGAACAAGCAAAGAUGCUAGGCACCGUGGAUGAGAAUCAGGUCAAGACGUGCACCUCCGCACCGGCGACGAAAACCUAAGGAGGACAUUGGGCGAAAGUAGAAUGUGGUAUUUCUUGUAUAAACUUUCCCCUAAGCGUAAUCGACAACGGAAUGUUACAAGACAAUCAUAUGGGCUGAUUAUUGACAGGGCUUCAUCCAGAGCCGCACGCUUUCUAAAGAACGAAGAGGAGAGCUAUGAACUGAUUGUAGCGAAAAAAUUGAAAGGAAACAAAAUUGUUUCUGAUAUCAAACCGGUUGCUGUUCGCGACUGUUUACCCAA